UCCGCUCCUCCAUCUUCCUCCUCUUCAUUCACCGCCUCAGCUCUGAAAUCUCUGAAAUUCUCGAUCAGAAAAUUAAUCAUCUUAAAUGGGUAGAGUAGAGACUAGUAGAUCGGCUCGAUCGAAAGAUAAUGCUGUUAUAAAUCUUUAUCCAGGUGUUGACGCAGUUAUCGAGGGUAUUAUGAAAGAUUGUUCAAAGAAUGAUUAUCAAUCGGUUAGGUUACUGGCAAAUCUUCAUGCGUAUCUUUUGAGGGAAGGAAUUGAUAUCGAUAAGGGGUUUCGAUUUAAAGAUAAUGGUGAAAUGAAAAAUUGGAAGAAGAAUUUUGGCCAAAAGGUUCAACAAACAGCGCCCACGAUUGGAUGAACACAAAUUUUAAGAAUUUCAGAGACUGUCUUGGAAGUCUGGGUUUUCAACAUAAUCCUCAGAAGUCUGAUCUUAAGCUUAUUUGGGUUAAUGAUCUUUUCACCAAAGAGAAUCCUCAAAUCAAAGCCAUAAUACAGACGAGAAGAUCGAAGUCCGAGAAAACAGCUGAUAAGACUGCAUUAUCAACAUCUGAAGAAACUGGAGGGAGCGCCGCCAACGCUUGAAAGAGGAACUGCAGCAAACACCAGCUACUAUCCUUGGGCUUGUACAACAAACACUCCCCCGUGUUGAAUCUAGUUCUAUGUCCAUCUCAAACGCUAUGACUAAAGAAUUUAAAGGUCAGCUCAAGGACAUCAGUUACACAAACGAACUAGUCAAUGAACUGGGGAAGCUCUUGGAAGUAGAGCAGCUACCUUCUAGCAACCUGGUUUCACAGGCUAUUGAAUGCAUGUUGGUGAAAAGCAUGGAGAGAUGGGCUCCUAACUUAGAGGUCAGAAAAGCUGAUAUUGAGGUUCCGGGGCCCUGCCUUGGAUUGCCAAUGGGAGCCACUCAGCUGAGGUCCUCGAUUUUUCUGGAUGUGAUAGUUUGAAUGUUGAACCACACUGGAGUUCAAGUGUGUGCAAAGAGUCUAGUUGGAGACAGCGGAGACAGGUUUGGUAUGUUAAUGGAGCACCUACUCUAGAUAGCACCUGACCAAACAGGAGAUUUGGAGGCAUUCUAUGGCGCCGCACAGACCAAACGUAUUGAGAAUGUUAAUGACUUUAGAAGCAGAGCCAAAGUUGCUCUAAAUCUUCUCAAUGACAAGGAUCUAAAGUAUUCUGAUGCCUAUUCAAAAAUCUGCAGUAUGAGCCAAGUAGAGUACAAGAAAAUCUAUGAGCGGCUCGGGGUGAUGUCUCCAGAUGAAACGUGUGUUAGCACUUAUGAUGAACACAUCCAGGAUAUCGUGAUGGAUCUGACUGGGAAGGAGUUAAUCCAGAAGUCAACUGUGACAACCGGGAAUCAAGUUGUCUGUGGUGAAACCAAAGGGAUGGAAGUAAACAUCAUGACCAGUGACGGGGAUUACAGUAUACAUGCGACCGUUCUAACAGCUCCUUGCAAUCAUUUGAAGGAGAAGGGAGAUGCUUGGAUAAUCUACGUGACUGAUGCUAGUGAAAGCGAGAAUUUUCAGAUGUUACUUAGUGCUGCGAAGCAAGCAACUUCUAAUCCCGUUGUUGAUGAUAAUAAGCCUAAAAUUACACAUAUGGGUCUGGGAGAUUGUGUUGGUGGAGAUUAUAAUCCUUCUACUGGAGUGAUUGGAUUGCUUAGCACUGUCAAAAUGCACUGUAUUGAGAUGUUUCCUGUGGAAGACAAAAACUGGUUUGCGGAAGUGGUUGAGAAAAUUGCAGAGACCAUUAGUAUUGGAGCCCUCAAGUACGCUGACUUAAAGAAUGACAGAGAUAAACGUUAUACAUUCAGCCUGGAUGAGAUGCUCUCUCGGGAGGGAAAUUCUGCGUAUAGUAUCCAGUCUGCCCAUGCUUACAUCUCACGCCUCAUCAGUUCACAUGGGAUAGCUGCUUUGGAGUAUGCAAAAAAGAGUGGACGUAUAGUGCUGCUAGAGGAAGCGGAGCUGACCUUGGGUCGGCACCUUGCUAGCUUCACCCAGGUUGUUGAAAAUGCAUGCUUGGCUCUGAAGCCCUACUUUGCGACUACUUGUACUUGCUCUGGCAGAACUUUUAUACCUUCAGCCUUACUUACCCAAUUUUUGAUGAGACUGGGGAGCUUAACUGUAGCCGGUUGUUGCUGUGUGAAGCAACGAAUCAAGUAUUUGUACAGUGUUUCGGUUUGCUGGGGAUGAACUCUGUGGUAGACAUAUGUGACAAUUUUUAGGUGGUGGUUUUAAAAAGAGUAGGUGGUAGAAGAAGUGGACAUUAACCCUGUGGUGAGAGUAAGUUGUUGCAGUAGUAAAGUAUAUGUGGUGGACAUUAACCUCGUGGUAGAAGAAGAGUAGGUCGGUGCAGUAAAUAUUGACAAGCAAUAUAGGAAUUCAGUAUUGAAGAAGAGUAGUCCUUUAUAAGAUAAUGUUUUUAUUCCACGAUGUUACUACUAUGAUAUUUUUGUUGCCUAAUUACAGUAUUUUCAGCAA